AUGGACAAUAACUCUUGUUUCAUUACUUUCUCUCUCAUUGGAGUUCUUUUGUUCACCAUCAUUUCAAAUGUGGCAUCAUCUAACGACGUUGUUUCUACCAUCUGUUCAGAAAUCUCAAAUCCACAAUUUUGUUUAAGUGUGUUGAAAUCUGCAGGCACUACAGAUCUAAAAGGCUUGGCUGUAUACACCUUAAACCUUGCUCAUUCAAAUGCUGGCAAAUCUUUGAUCCUAGCCAACUCACUAGCAAAAGCCACCACCAAUCCUCAACUUAAGCAACGAUAUUCAUUUUGUGCUGAGAGCUAUGAUGAAGUUGUUGGUGACAUUGAAAAUGCUCAAAAACGACUUGGCACUUGGGGACUUUAUUGGUGUCAUUAUUGCAACUACUGGUGCCAUGACAACUCUUGGUGA